CCCUGGCGUGAUUCAAACACCGCUCGGGAUUCGUCGAAAGACUUGAAGUCUAGAAUUAUUUCUUUUAUGUUCAGAGUCGAUGAAUUACUACAACACUUGGGUUCACGCAAAAUGUAAUAGAGCAAAUUCAUACACUAACACAAAAAAAUUCGAACGGUUUGUUUUGUUAGAAACAUGACUAAUUACAUUGAACGCGGCAUACGUCACGUGACCAUAUCAAACCCGGAAAUGGAAGUCACGGCAGAAAACAAUGACAACACAGUUGAAAAUGCCGUCAAGAUAACGCGUACAGCAUUAACUACCUAUCUUUUUCGACUUUUAUUUCUAUCCAGUUGGUCAUGUUAACGAAAAGCCAUGUUGUUUUCGUCAUGGUCGUGUGUGUGGCGUCCGUGUCUAGUUGUGGACAGAAAGCGGAGACCCCCGACUGGCGAAUGACGCUUAAAACCAUUCGCAAUGGCAUUCAUAAAAUCGAUACCUAUCUCAACGCGGCUCUCGAGUUGUUCGGCGGCGACGACGGCUUGUGUCGUUACAAGUGCAGUGACGGUUACAAGCCAGCGCCCCGUCCUGGAUAUAAGCCACCGCCGCCCAAUGGAUGCGGGACGCCACUCUUUGGAUUCCAGUUUGACGUCGGCAUUCCGUCCAUGACCAAAUGCUGCAACCAGCACGACCGCUGCUACGACACAUGCGGCCGUGAAAAGCAAGACUGUGAUGAACAAUUCCAGGACUGUCUGGAGACUAUCUGCAUGAACGUGCAACGGACCCUGGGAUUGGCUCACAGUGUCCAAGCGUGCGAGUCUGCAGUGACGCUCCUAUUCGACGCCGUGAUGCACUUGGGAUGCAAACCCUACUUGGACAGCCAACGGGAAUCGUGCGUGUGUCAGUUCGAGGUGAAGAAGGAGUUGUGAGCAAGUCUGUGGAUGAGCUUUCGAUAAAAAUGAAGGCUCCACGAAGUAGAAGUUCUCUCAGGGAUAGAGCUGCUGCUGCUUUUUGAACACUGGACUCUUGAAAUACUCAUAUGACUGAUAUACUGUAAAUAAUUUGAAAUACUUUCAAUUAUUUAUGUUUUUGUGCCUGCUGUUCAGUGGGUUGGUUCACUUUGGAGUUCCUUUUGUAAUGUUUGGUAACACUACAUAUUGAUAAUUUCACUGAAUUUAAGUGUUUUCUCUCCAUUCUAAUUGAAAGGUCUCAGAAUAAUUAUUCUGAGCAAACAUCCCUUGUCUCACAUAACAAAAUCUGUGUACCUUGCUUUGUUUUGGUGACACCCAGUUUGCAAAACCUACACGAAAAAUCUAUUAAAGAUAACAAUG